AUGGCUUCUGACCCGGGCAAAAACGCCGAGAAGGCGGCUGCUGACCUGGCCGAAGACGACGAAAAGGCGGAACAAGCUUCAGAUGAGGCUUCCACGAAGCAAGCUCGAACCAAGAAGAAUGUCGAGACGGCUGAAGACGUGAAAGGUUUCAACAAGCAGAAGGUCGCGCAGUGGGUGGAAGCCAAGCUCAAAGAGAACGGGAUCGAUGAGAAGGAUGCAAAAGACAUUGCGCAGAAGUUCGAAGCACAGUCCGUGACUGGCCGAGUGCUCCUCAGGAUGAACGAAGAAAAACUCGUGUCGGGCUAG